AUGCAGGUCAUGCAAAAAUUUAUGCAAAUCGCGAGUUUAACGGCUGUAGCCCUGGUAGGCAUUACUUCAGCUAUACCAGCAUUACCGCAACUUUCCCCCCAGGCUCUAAGGGCAUAUGAAGCUGGUCAGCAGGUCCGACGCUCGUUACUCGAAAGUCGACAAAAUCCACAGACUGGGUUACCUGAUGGACUUACAGAUGUCGACAUCUUAGAGUUUGCUCUGACUUUAGAGAAUCUCGAGGCUUCCUUUUACCAACAAGGCUUUGCCAGGUUUCCAGACUCUGAUUUUGCAGCAUUGGGUCUAAAUCAAGCCGAUAUUUUGAAUCUCAAGUCUAUUAGCACUAUCGAAGCAACACACGUAACGACUCUUUCAGCAGCCAUCGCUGGUACGGGAGCUGCACCAGUCCAGCCUUGUAUAUAUGACUUUAAGUUUAGUGAUGCUGCAUCUAUGGUGUCGACAGCAUCAAUACUGGAGAGUGUUGGAGUUUCAGCAUAUCUCGCUGCAGCUCCUCUUGUUAAAUCCCCAGCUAUUCUUACCGUUGCUGCCGAAAUUGUCACCGUUGAGGCUCGUCACCAAACUUUUAUUCGAACAGCAUCCAAGGCUGUGGCUAUACCAGGUCCCUUUGAUACACCUUUAGGAAUUCGGGGCGUCUUCUCAAUCGCCGCAACGUUUAUCAAAUCAUGUCCAUCCGGCUCGAGCUUAGCCAUCACGCCCUUCCCACCGCUAACUAUGUCACCCUCUCAAGCCCCGGGCAAGAUGGUUGGUGGAUCAGAGGUUAGAAUGGAUUCUUCGGCAGCUGCGAAUGCUGUAAGCUGUGCGUUUGUCAACGGUGGACAGCCGGGAGGGGCCGCCUUUGCUCCUUUCAAGAACGGAGCAUGUGUUCUUCCGAUGGGUCUAAAUGGUAUCACCUACGUUCACCUGGCGAACUCGAUACCCAAGGAUGGUGUCUUAUCAGAUGCUAUCGUUUUAGCUGGUCCGCUAGUGGUAGUUAUCGACUAG